UGACGCAGACAGCUGAACACAUCCUUUGGGAGAAGGUUCCAGCGAGGCAUUUAAAUCCGCAGCAGAGGGCAAGACUGCACCAGGAGAGUCGGCGGCCCCGAAGGCGGUGGGACCAGCCCCAGCUGGAGUCUGAGGAACAACCUGAAGCCCUGGACACCACAGACCAGCCUCCUGGGUUAUCUGUGAGGAAGCAGGGGAUGGGUACCAGGGUGCCGGGACUGUGCCUGGUGGAGAGCUCGGCUGGGGUGUCGGAAAGAAUCACCCCCGUUGUGGACCCGAAGGAGAGCCCAGGGCCCCCUGGAAGCGCAUGGCCCAAGGAGCUCACCGCGCUGAGGCCAGGGGAAUCCUCCCUGCAGCUGGUCCUAAGGAAGAUCCAGGAGCUCUCGGACUCGGACCUCCGGGACUCCUUCAUGGUGGCCGACCUGGGCGUGCUGGCCAGCCGCCAUCGAGCCUUCUGCCAGGCCCUGCCGCAGGUGUCGCCGUUCUCCGCGGUCAAGUGCAACAGCAGCUCCUGGGUGCUGCGUGUCCUGGCCGCCCUGGGCACCGGCUUCGACUGCGCCAGCCAGGGAGAGCUGGAGCAGGUGCUGGGCCUGGGCGUGGCCCCCUCGCGCAUCAUCUUCGCCAACCCCUGCAAGCCUGUCUCCCACAUCCAGUACGCUGCCUGCCACGGGGUGCGGCUCCUGACCUUCGACAGUGAGGAGGAGCUUAGCAAGGUGGCCCGGCACCACCCCGGGGCCAGGCUGGUCCUCCGGCUGUGGACCCAGGACAGAGAGAGCACCUUCCCCCUGAGCAUCAAGUUUGGGGCCAGACUCGAGGAUUGUGAGCACCUGCUCAAAUCUGCCAGGGACCUGGGGGUGGCCGUGGUUGGGGCCAGCUUCCACGUGGGCUCCGACUGCCAGACGCCCCAGAGCUUCCGGCAGGCCAUUGCGGACUGCCGGCACGUGUUUGAGAUGGGCCGCAGGGCCGGGCAUGACAUGAGCGUCCUGGACAUUGGCGGGGGCUUCCCUGGAGCGGAGGGCUCCGAGCCCAAGUUUGAGGAGAUGGCACGAGAGAUCAAGGCCGCCCUUGCCCGGGACUUCCCUGAGGGGAGCGGCGUCGAGGUCAUCGCGGAGCCUGGCCGCUUCUACGCGGCGCCUGUCUGCACGGCAGCAGUCAACAUCAUCGCCAAGAAGUCUGUGCUGGAACCUGGAGGCUGCAGGAGGCUGGUGUACUACCUCAAUGAGGGCCACUAUGGCGCCUUCCGCAUCUUCCACAGGGACUCUGUCCCCAGGGUGCCCAUCGUGGUGAAGGACUUCUGCUCGCAGCCACCCCUGCUCCCGUGCACGCUCUACGGCCCCACGUGCGAUGCCUUCGAUAGGCUCUUCCUGGAGGAGGUGUGGCUGGCCCGGCUGGACGUGGGCGACUGGCUCGUCUUCCCCUCCAUGGGCCCUUCAACGGCUUCCUGCCUGCCCCCGUCUGCCACGCCAUGGACCCCCAGCUCAGGUGUGGGGAGGGGCAGGUGCUGGGGCUGUCACCAGGAGGUGGCGCUGAGCUUUGGGGUCCCAGGCCUGGAGAAUACCUGCCUCCCUGGCAGGACUGUGUGCCUGACGACUGUGACACCGGCCUUUGGGGCUGACGGGGUCACAGACUCCAGGGGCCUGCUGGAGACAGAGAUGGCAGCCCGGGACCUGGCCGGAGAGGAGGGGCCCCAGAUGCCUCGGCCUGCAAGACUUGCGCCGUCACCCGAGCGCCCCCUGCAGGCUGCAUCCCGAAGGCGCGGCACGGUGCAGUUCCUCCCUGAUGCUCAGCAGCCCUGGGCCGUCCAGCAGGGUUUAGGUGAACUACAGGGCCUGCUGGGCGAGAGCACCGGCCUGGCCGCACCUCUCCUGAGGCCUGGGGGUUCCUCAGACCUGGCCUUGGCCCCCAGGAGCCCCCAGCUGGGAAGCUGGAAAGAUGAGAGGCCUGGGAAACAGCUCUGUCCCCUGGAUGUUCACGACGACCCCACUUUGGGGCAGCAGUGCACCCGGCUCACCGGGCUGGCAGCAGCAGAGAAAGGAUUUGGAUUCCACGUUGGUUCUGGGCUCCCGCUUGGAGGCCGCGGGGCCUGGGCCUCGGGCCCCAGAGGGACGAUGAGCAAGCUCUCUGCUGGGGCAGGAAACACGGGCGAGCAGGCCAGCCCCAGACUGGGAACGAACACAGAAUUGAAGUCAGAAACUCAGUUCUACGACAAGGAACCCCAUGCUGUCAGGAACGGCUUCGUCCGUCCGGAGCAGCGCAUGUGCGUGGGUGUUACUGCCGGACCCGUGACACCAGCCGACCCACCAGGAGCAGUAAAGACGCCCAUCGGGAAACUGGGUGAUGAAGGGUGA